AUGACUUUGGCAAUGGACGGUCCAGCAAUUGAACAUAGCGACUCUGAUUCUGGUGAUAGUUGGACUUUGCUUGAAAAUUCUGCGUACGCAGAUGAUACGCCAGAUAUAUCUGAACUACCAGGUGAAAGUCCUACUAUAGAACACCAUGAAAAAGAUGAAGACACAGAUGGCAUAUCUAUUAUCAGCGAUAGUGAACCUGAUUCACCAUCACCUUGUCAAAUGAUUUAUGAAACUCUAGAAGAGAACCGUCCACCCGAACAUGAAACUGCCGAAUAUAUAUCAGUUGAUCCACAGCUAACUAAAAUGCAGAAUGACCAUGAAUCUAUUAAGGAAGAAGAUGAUCUACUUGAUGAUAGUAGAAGAAAAAACAAAACAUAUGUACACAGGCGAAACAAAAGAUUGAGCACAGUACUUAAUAUUGUAGUAUUGGCAAGUGUGAUUACGGCUGCAGGUGUUGCUAUUGGUCAUAUGUGGGGUGCAAAAACGGAUUGUACUCUGCAGAAUACACCAGGUAUUAAUAAAAUUUUGUCCAGGUUGUAUCGGUUGCAAGAAGAAAAUGCAUAUCUAAGAAAUAAGUUAAAGGAGAUUACAGCAUUAAAUAAUCAUCAGGCCAAUAAUAAGGUACCAUUAAAGCAAAACAAGUGUAGGAAAGUAUUUGAAGAGUCAUUACAGAAUGAUAACACUAAGAAGCUUACAACUUGUGUGGAUGAUAGAAUUGAUAAUGAUAACCGAUUACUAAAAAGCCACAUGAUUCAAGUUCCAUAUGAAAAAGAUUUUGUACAAGAUAUUGGAAAAUUGAAAAAUAUUAAUGUACAAAAUAAAAGUUGGAUAAAUGAGAAAACUGUUAAGAAACUCAAACAAGUUUAUGAACAUCUCGAAAAUAUGAACAAUUCACCCAAUGCAUAUAAUGAAAAUGAUACAAAACAUAAAUUUACAAUUAAAAUGCUUCCUGAAAUCUUAGAACAGUCUGAUAAUGAAAAACCAGAAGAUCAUACUGAAAGCAGAAUAAGUUAUGCAGAUUCAUUAAAAUACUCUGGUAUUGUGAAAAAUAAUAAUAACAAUAGAAUUUCUGAUAAAUAUGAUAUUUCAUUUGACAAUCAUAAAAACGAAUUCAAAAGAGAAAAUGAUAGAAAUACUCAGAGGGAUGCCAAAGAAAGUGACAAUAUGCAAUAUCAUAAAAAAAUCAGUAAGAGGGACAGUGAUAAAAUGUAUGAAAAUAAAAUAGAUUACAACAAAAAAGCAAACCCAAGAGGCGAAUUCGAUGAAGAUAUUGAUUUUUAUAAUGAGAACAAUGAAGACCGAAAAUUUAACAAAAUAGAUGAUGCUAAAAUACUAGAUGAGAAAAUUGAUUAUAAAAACAUUUAUCAAAAGGAACGAGUAGUCAAUUCUUUAGGGAAAAUGGAGAAACUAGACAAGAGAUUUAAUAAAAGAGACAGUGAUAAAAUAUUUGAAGCUAAACUCAAUAAUCGCAAUAUAAACCCAAGAGGCGAAUUCGAUGAAGAUAUUGAUUUUUAUAAUGAGAACAAUGAAGACCGAAAAUUCAACAAAAUAGAUGAUGAUAAAAUAGUAGAUGAGAAAAUUGAUUAUAAAAACAUUUAUCAAAAAGAACGAGUAGUCAAUUCUUUAGGGAAAAUGGAGAAACUAGACAAGAGAUUUAAUAAAAGAGACAGUGAUAAAAUAUUUGAAGCUAAACUCAAUAAUCAGAAUAUAAAUCCAAGAGGUGAAUUUGAUGAUGAUAUUGAUUUUCCAUCUAUCGAUGAUGGCAAAUUGGAUGAAAAAUUUAAUGAAAAUGAUCAUAAUAAUUUUAUUUCAAAAAGUAAUAUAAAUAAAAAACAAAUUCUGAAAGACUAUCGAGGAGAUGAUGAUUUACAUUUCGAUAAAGAUAAUGAAGAGAAUAAAAAAUUCAACAAAAAAGAUUAUAUGAAGGUGUUUGCAAUAAAAGAAGCAAUUGACAAAAAAUUUGAAAGAAAUUACUAUGGGGACACUGAUUCGUUAUUUGAUGAUUUUAUGAAGAAAGAUAACAGAUACACCGGCCCCAAACACAAACAAGAGAGAAAGAAGUAUGAUCGUCAAAAGUUACAUAAGAAAGAUAAGAAGAGAAAUAAAUAUGAACAGUGGGAGAUGAAAGGUGGAUUAAUGAAGGAUUAUGACGACAUUUCUUUGGCCUCUACUCAAGAUAACGUUGUAAAAGAACAAAAUUUAAGAGGAGACACUGGUGAACGUUUAAAUUACCGUUCUAAUAACAAAAUCGAUAGUUCCACAGCCACUUUAGAUGUAGAUUACGUGGACAACAAAUCUGCUGGACACCAUCUGAAGAAUAACCAAAAUGACAAAAUGGUACCGGAACUGAACUGGGUCGAUCGACGAGCUGUUAUACGUAAAGAAGCAAGAAAACGCAUUGAAAAGGAGUUAUUCGAUGAUAACCCCACUACUGCUGGUUGGUAUUUUAAACGCAUGCGCAAAAGAGAGCAAUGCCGCGCCAAAGGCGAUAACAGCACAUAUCGGAAAUUAUCAAAACAAUUUAAAAAUUAUAAAACAAAAACU